AUUCCAGAACCAAAAAAGCCACCAGUGUUUGACCAACCUCUUAGACCAGUGACAAUAGCAGAAGGAGAUAUUUUGCAGCUCAGCUGCCACGUCCAGGGAUCACAGCCAAUCAGGAUUCAGUGGCUGAAGGCUGGGAGAGAAAUAAAAGCUUCAGAUAAAUGCAACUUUAGCUUUGCUAAUGGAACAGCUCUUUUGGAACUCACCGCAGUUACUAAAACUGAUGCAGGCGAAUAUGUGUGCAAAGCUAUAAAUGUGGCUGGAAGUGACUCUUGCAAGUCAAAAGUGACAGUGAAAGGUAUAACCUUUGAGCUGCUAAAGCAAAGCCAAGAGGAGAAAGUCAUAUUGGAAAUUGAGGUAACAGAGAGAGCUCGCAAAGAAGAACAGGAAUUUGACGAACUUGUAUCAUUUAUUCAGCAAAGACUCACACAGACAGAGCCUAUUACUCUCAUCAGGGAUAUUGAAAACCAGGCCGUUUUAGCAGAUGAAGACGCUAUAUUUGAAUGUGAAAUUAAGAUUAAUUAUCCAGAAAUCAAACUCUCCUGGUACAAAGGAACUCAAAAAUUGAAUUCUAGUAACAAGUAUGAAAUAAAAAUUAAAGGUGAUCGGCACAUACUCAGAAUCAGGAACUGCCAACCUGCAGAUCAGGGGAAUUUCAGGGUUGUCUGUGGUCCACAUAUUGCUAGUGCAAAGCUAACUGUGAUUGAACCACCAAUGAUUAUAACAAAGCUAGACUCCUCUAGAGUUGUAAAAGAGCAUGAUUUUACUAGAUAUGAAUGCAAAAUAGGCGGCUCUCCAGAAAUCAAAGUCAGCUGGUACAAAGAUGAAACUGAAAUCCAUGAUGGUGAAAAAUACAGAAUGUCCUUCAUUGAUUCCAUGGCAGUCAUUGAAAUGCACAAUCUCAGUGUGGAAGACAGUGGAGAUUACACUUGUGAAGCUCGCAAUGCAGCGGGUAGUGCAAGCACAAGUACCUCAUUAAAAGUGAAAGCACCCCCUGUUUUCAGCAAGAAACCCCAUCCGGUUGAGACUUUGAAAGGUUCUGAUGUCCAUCUUGAGUGUGAGCUUCGGGGCACUCCUCCUUUCCAAAUUUCAUGGUAUAAGGACAAAAGAGAAAUUAAAAGUAGCAAGAAGUACAAAAUCAUGUCAGAGAACUACCUUGCUAGUAUUCACAUCCUUAGCGUGGAUGAUGCCAGCAAUGUAGGCGAAUAUCAUUGUAAGGCCAUAACUGAUGUAGGAGUGACAGUUGGGGAUUCUGCGUCAUUACAAUGCCAAGUUGCUGGCACACCAGAAAUUAUUGUAUCAUGGUACAAAGGAGAUACAAAACUAAGAGCAACUCCUACCUCUAAAAUGUACUUUAAGAACAAUGUUGCCACUUUGGUUUUCAGCCAGGUGGAUAGUGGUGAUAGUGGGAAGUAUAUCUGCAAAGCAGAAAACAGUGUUGGAGAGGCUUCUUCAUCAGCUUUGCUUUCUGUUCAAGAGCGUAAAUUUCCUCCUUCAUUCACACGAACAUUGAGAGACAUUCAUGAAACUAUUGGCUUACCAGUUACAUUUGAUUGUUGCAUAACUGGCUCAGAACCUAUUGAAGUAUCCUGGUCUAAAGACGGCGUACAUAUCCAAGAUAGCUAUAAUGUGCAAACCUCCUUCUUGAAUAACGUAGCAACUCUCCAGUUUUUGCAGACUGACAAGAGCCUUGCUGGACAGUACACUUGUACAGCUUCCAAUGCUAUUGGAACUGUUUCUUCCAGUGCCAGGCUCGUGCUUACAGAAGGGAAGAAUCCUCCACUGUUUGAUAUCCCAAUUGCACCCGUGGAUGCUUUUGCUGGGGAUAGUGCUGACUUUGAAUGCCACAUAUCAGGAACACAACCAAUUAAGGUCACUUGGGCAAAAAAUAACCAAGAGAUACGGACUGGACGAAAAUACCAGAUUAGUUAUGUAGACAACAUUGCUUAUUUGACAGUUCUGAACAUUGACAAUGCAGACUCUGGAACUUAUACAUGCCAUGCUAGCAAUGAAGUUGGAAAGGACUCUUGCGCAGCUCAACUUAGUAUUAAAGAACGAAAAAUUCCACCUAGUUUUACAAAGAAACUGUCUGAAAUAGUAGAAGAAACAGAAGGGAAUAUCCUUAAACUUGAGGGCCGUGUUUCUGGUUCUCAGCCUCUGACCGUUGCUUGGUAUAAAAACAACCAAGAGAUCUAUCAGAGUCCUAAUUGUGAAAUAUCAUUCCUAAAAAACACCAUUCUUCUGCAAAUUAAGAGUGCAGCGCAGGCUGAUGCUGGUUUAUAUACCUGCAAAGUGUCCAAUGAAGCAGGAAGUGUAUUGUGUACUUCUUCCAUUAUUAUUAAAGGUUAG